ACCAACGAGGAAAGCGCCUGUAAAUAUGUGCCGUAUAAAUACGCUCCGCGUCGGCCAUGGCUGCAGUGGUUGGGUUCCCGCCAAAGUGUCUACACUUACGGGUUUUCGAUAAUCAUGGCUGUAAAAGUGUUUCUCCUCUUCGCUGCGAGCGCCGCUUUGUGCGCCGCUCAGCCCGUGGACAGCAACCUGCCGGUCCUCAAGGAGCCUCCCCGCGAAGUCACCUUCCGGGUGUCGUCCGCCAAAGCUCACCCCUUCACCAUCCCCUGCGCCACCACCACGCCCAACGACAAAGUUGUCUACACGUGGACGAAAAACGGCAAACCGUUCCCCGUCAACGAGAAAUCCCAAGACAUCAAAAUGCGCGCCGGCGAAGGGACUCUCAUCUUCAACAACCCCAAGGACUCGGACGAGGGCGUAUAUCAAUGCCUAGCCACAUCGACUGAAGGCGUCGCUGGUUCUAGACCCAUCAGCGUCAAGAAAACCUUCGUAGAUAUCCCGAAGUACACCCUUCAGAAGCACACGCCUGAAGAAGGCAAGCCGUUCAAAAUGGAAUGCUCAGUAACCAAAGCCUACCCUAAGCCGGUCAUUGAAUGGUACAGACAAGGGAAGGAUGGCAAAUACUUGGAUAUUAUGGAGAAGAGGCUGCUGGAAUCGCCGGAGGGUGAUCUGUACUUUACUAAUGUGACUAAGGAGGAUGUUUCUAAGGAUGUGAAGUAUGUGUGCUUGGUUGCGACGCAGGCUGCAGAUGAUAAGUUGGUCGCUGCGGAACAUAUCAUUGAGGACCUGACUCCAGCCAAGGGCCCCAAGAGCGGAGAGCUGACGCCGCAGUACCUGAGCAAGGACAUGACAGCCAAGACUGGAGACAUCGUCGUCAUGAUGUACUGCAUCUACGGUGGCACGGACCUGACUCCAGCCAAGGGCCCCAAGAGCGGAGAGCUGACGCCGCAGUACCUGAGCAAGGACAUGACAGCCAAGACUGGAGACAUCGUCGUCAUGAUGUACUGCAUCUACGGUGCCAAGGGCCCCAAGAGCGGAGAGCUGACGCCGCAGUACCUGAGCAAGGACAUGACAGCCAAGACUGGAGACAUCGUCGACCUGACUCCAGCCAAGGGACACAAGAGCGGAGAGCUGACGCCGCAGUACCUGAGCAAGGACAUGACAGCCAAGACUGGAGACAUCGUCGUCAUGAUGUACUGCAUCUACGGUGGCACCCCUAUGGCCCACCCGGACUGGUUCAAGAUCUCCCGCGACGGCACCCGCACCAACGUGAACGGUCAACCCGGCGACCGCGUGACGCACCGCAACCGUAGCGCGGGCCGCCGCCUCUGGAUCACCAAGGUGUUGGCCGAUGAUGACGCGACUUAUGAGUGUGUCGCGAACAAUGGAGUCGGCAAGCCGCAGAGCCAUAAGAUCAAGCUGACUGUCCAACGUGAGUAUUCAAAAUGCAAAAUAAACGCACCGCAACCGCAGCGCGGGCCCGCGGGCCGCAGCCUCUGGAUCACCAAGGCGUUGGUCGAGGAUGACGCGACGUAUGAGUGUGUCGCGAACAAUGGUGUCGGCAAGCCGCAGAGCCAUAAGAUCAAGCUGGCUGUCCAACGUGACGCGGGCCGCCGCCUCUGGAUCACCAAGGCGUUGGCCGAAGAUGACGCGACUUAUGAGUGUGUCGCGAACAAUGGUGUCGGCAAGCCGCAGAGCCAUAAGAUCAAGCUGACUGUCCAACAAACCCACCGCAACCGCAGCGCGGGCCGCCGCCUCUGGAUCACCAAGGCGUUGGCCGAAGAUGACGCGACUUAUGAGUGUGUCGCGAACAAUGGUGUUGGCAAGCCGCAGAUCCAUAAGAUCAAGCUGACUGUCCAACAGGCCCCUGAGUUCACGAAGCAGCCAGAGCCCGUGAUGCUCGCCAAGGUUGGAGACGACGUCACCAUCCCCUGCAAAGUUCGCGGCGCCCACAGAAUCUCCUGGUCGUUCAACGGACAACCCCUUGAAGUCAAAGAGCCCACGGACACCCUGACCCUGAGCAAGGUGCAGAAGAAGGACAACGGUUACUACGCCUGCAUGGGGUCCAGUGACGUCGGGGACGUCUACGCGGAGACCCUAGUGCACGUCGCUUAGAUGUUUCACUUUUAUACUCCCUUCUGUUGUUAGUAGAGAUGCACCGGAUAUCCGGUUACUAUCCGGUAUCCGGCCUAUCCGGCCAUUAUUUUAGGAUAGUGACCUACUAUCCGGCCGGAUACCGGAUAGUAACAUUGCUUGAGUUCGGAGUAAACAAAUUCUAUUUAAGAAACAGACACGGUCAUAAUCGUACUUGUUUAUUAUUUUAAAACAAUUUAAUCAUUCCACUGACUUUGCACAUUGCGCUCAUUUCGAACCUCGGAAUGAGUCCGCGCGAACGUUUAUUAGGAAACAGGUCAAACCUGCAGUAUGCGCACCUGAAAAACCGAAAUGUAGGUAUAGUUCCGCUGGCCGAAAAUUCGGCGGUAUCCGGUAUCCGGCCAAACAACUAUCCGUUGCAUCUCUAGUUGUUAGGUUGAUACGUUGAAUGCACUAGGCUAUAACAGGUACAGUGUGAUGCGAAAUCGCAUGAUAAAUUCGCCAUGAACUUUUGCGGCUGAUGGUACAGAUAACAUAUGUUUAACCGUCAAGAACCUAUUCAAAAACAAAUAUGUAGUGCUACACAUUUAUACGAGUAGCAUGUUUUAUGUUAUUUACUCGUGAGGAAAAAACAUUGAGCUUUUAAAUUAGUUUCGAAUUCAGUGUAUUUCAAUCUAGGACCAAAGAUUCUCAGUCUACUUGUUACGAAAGAGGUUUAACAAACAAAUAAUUUAUUGACCUAACGAAGAAAUUUUUGUAUUGCUAUUUUAUAAGGAAUUUAAUAAAUAAACUUUACCAAUG